AGAAGAUUACGUCACAGUAGCGGUUCCGGGUCCUCCCGUAGCUUUAGGUUCUCUGCUGGCAGAGGGUAAGGAAGGAAGGCCUCUCCGUCUGAGACGCCCUUGCCAUGACCAUUUGUCAGUUUUUCCUUCAAGGCCGGUGCCGCUUUGGAGACCGGUGCUGGAACGAACACCCCCGCGCCGGGGGUGCGGGCGGAGGACGGCAGCAGCAGCAGCCUCCAGGUAGUAACAGACGUGGAUGGAAUACCACUAACCAGAGAUACUCCAAUGUUAUCCAGCCAUCCAGUUUCUCCAAAUCCACACCAUGGGGGGGCAGCAGAGAUCAAGAAAAGCCAUCUUUUGGUUCUUUUGAUUCUGGAGCAUCAACUAGCAGAAAUAGGGGUUUUGGAUUGUCUCAGAACCCAUUUGCUUCAUCUAGCUCUGAUGGUGAUGGGCAAAAAGAUGAAAAGAAACUUCUGGAAGAAAUUGUGAAAGAUAUGGAGGUUUGGGAAUCAUCAGGGCAGUGGAUGUUUUCUGUAUAUUCACCAAUGAAAAAGAAACUGAAUAUUUCAGGUUUUACAGACAUUUCACCAGAGGAGUUGAGACUUGAAUACCAUAACUUCUUAACCAGCAAUAACUUACAGAGUUAUCUAAAUUCCGUACAACAUUUAAUAAAUCAGUGGAGGAGCAGGGUAAAUGAACUCAAAAAUCUAAAUACGUCAACUAAAAUAGCUUUGCUCUCUGAUGUAAAAGAUGGAGUAAAGCAAGUAGCACCUGCAUUUGGAUUUGGCAAUAGUCAGGCAGUAACAUUUGGGUCACCAGGUUUUCCAGUGAAUAGCAACAGCAGUUGUAGUGCUCAGAAUUUUAGUUUUAAACCAAGGUCUUCGUUUGCUGCUGCCCCCUCUGGAAGUCCUUCUGUGUUUGGGAGUACUCCGGCAUUUGGAGCCACACCCUCUGCCAGUUCUGCCAUCAGCGCUUCUGCCCCAACUUUUGGACUUGGGAAGCCCGAAAUCACAUCUGCUGCUUCAUUUUCGUUUAAAACCCCUGCAGCUUCUGGUUUUGGAUCAUCUGGAUUUUCAGGAUUUCCAGCUCCAAUGGCAGCAGACCCUGUUGCCCCAGCCUUUGGAAGUGGCAGUUCUGUGGCUGGUUUUGGUAGUCCUGGGUCACAUUCUCAUGCUGCUUUUUCCAAGUCAUCCAAUGACACCUUUGGAAAUAGCAGCCUAUCCACCUCUCUCCCAGUCUCACAUGGCACAACAGAUAAUGUAUUAUUCACACCCAAGGAUCAACUAACAGUGGAAGAACUAGAACAAUUUCAAUCUAAGAAAUUCACUUUGGGAAAAAUUCCCUUAAAGCCACCACCUGUGGAACUCCUAAAUAUUUAAAAGGGCAAUUUUAAAUAUAGAAAAGAACAGUUUUUAAAAUUGUUUUGAGUGGUUCAUAUGAAAGAGCAAAUAUAUAUACACAUUUAAAUUUAUAAGAAAUAUAAACUUUUAAUAACAUUAGUUUUUAAAUUUAACAUUUUUCCCUUGAACCUAACUAUUUAAAUGGAACAUAAAAAAUACUGAAGAACAGAUUUUUUUAACUAUUAUUAUGAAUGAAACUGAAAAAAUGAUCAAUGCACACUGAAUAAAGUACUUUUCUUAUUCUACAUCACUUUACUGUCUUAUUUAAAAUUUUGGCUUUAAACUUUUUUAAAGAAAUGAGACAGUUUUUAGAACCAGUAGGGAAAAAUGCUUGAAUGUUUAACCUACUUACCAAAUAAAUAUCAGAAGCCUGACUUUCAUGUUCAAGAAGAUUCUCUUAACGAAAUAGCAAUUUUUAAAGGGCAGAAACUUAUUUUCAGGACCUAAGGGGCGUUUUCCCCUCACAGUUUUUUUUUAAUGGUCCACUCCCAUAGUGUGCGGAAGUUCCCAGACCAGGAAAUGAACCCGAGUCACAGCAGUGACCCAAGUGCCACAGUGACAAUGCAGGAUCCCUAACCUGCUGCACCCAAGGGAACUCCACCUCUCAGAAUUGUUCCCACUCAAUAUUGACUGUCUCAUGGACCAUCUGAGUUUUCUUUGGCAAUUUUAGGCUAAUUUUAUCUUGGCCUAAUUUUUCUGUAAUACUGUUUUUUCCUCACAUUCUUCCAUCAGGUGGCUGGAUUCUAAGAGGAAUGGAAAUUAUGAUCUCAUGUGAAUAAAUAGUAUAUGUAGAGGAGUCGAAUUCACCAGCUGUUUCUAUUAGAAUUUUCAGACACGUUUGUGUCUGUCUGUGUCCUCAGAUGAGGGCAAUAUAUUGUAUAUCUUAUAUGUAGUUGAUCCAAGUAGCCAAAGACCUGUCAUGAGCUGAAGCAUAUAUGUCAGAAUUCAGUGUUUCUUUCUCAAGCCUCAAAAAUGACACAGCUGGCACUUUGAGAAUAGUUACCUAAACUAGAUCUGAUAUUGAACUGAUUUUUUUUAGGUGUAAAUAAAAUAAAAACUUAUAAAA